CGACCUCGGAGCCGACGUGCCCUUGGCCUGCCUUCCGUUUCCGGGCUCUCAGCGAGGUGACUUCCGGCGGCGUGGCCGCAGCGCGCGGGGCUGGCGGGGACCCCGGGCCGGUGACCGGUAACAGGGCGGCAGGGACUGUGCUAGGCCUCUUGGCCAGGCCACCACCAUGUCUGACGUUCAAGAAGCCACUGACCAAUUCCUUGAUGUGAACCUGGGUGAGAAGGAGGGUUCUGUGGGAGUGACUGGAAGUGGCCUCCCUGGGGGGCCUGAGCCCCUGCAAGUCACCAUUGGAGCCACAGUCCCCACCGGCUUUGAGCAGACUGCGGCCGACGAAGUGAGGGAGAAGCUGAAGUCCACCUGCACAAUCAGCAAGGACCGGGGCAAGAUCUACUUUGACAUUUCAGUGGAAAGUCUGGCCCAGGUUCAUUCUCUGAGAUCUGUUGACAAUUUAUUCGUUGUGGUGCAGGAGUUCAAGGACUUCCAGUUCAAAAGCACCAAGGAAGAAGUUCUAAAGGAUUUUGAAGAGUUGGCUGGGAAGCUGUCAUGGUCAGAACCUUUAAAAGUGUGGGAACUGAACAGCAGCUUUAAGAAAAAAAAAACAAAACGCAAAAAGGUGACUCAGAAUUCAAAUAAAGAGAAGACUCAUGAUGGACAGGGAGACAAAAAGGACAAGAAGGGUGAUAAAAAAGAGUUUACUGGUGGUGUCUUAGAGCCCCAAAUCUUAGACUAUUAUGAAAAUCCAGCCAUCAAAGAGGAAAUCUCCACGUUGGUUGGUGACGAUUCGGUGUCUUGCCAAGAGGAGAAUGAUGAACGGGCCAAAGAAGAAAUGGAUCCUCAGGUGCUCAAGUUUCGCGUCACGUGCAACAGGGCGGGAGAGAAACACUGCUUUACCUCAAAUGAGGCUGCGAGGGAUUUUGGAGGUGCUGUUCAGGAAUAUUUUAAGUGGAAGGCUGACAUGACCAACUUUGAUGUGGAGGUUCUCUUGAACAUCCACGACAGUGAGGUGGUUGUGGGCAUUGCGCUGACCGAAGAGAGCCUCCACCGGAGGAACAUCACGCACUUCGGCCCCACGACUCUCAGAUCCACGCUCGCCUAUGGCAUGCUCAGGCUCUGUGCUCCUCAACCUGGUGAUAUAAUUGUCGAUCCAAUGUGUGGAACUGGAGCAAUACCAAUAGAGGGUGCUACGGAGUGGUCUCACUGUUACCAUAUCGCAGGGGACAACAACUCCCUGGCCGUGAACAGAGCAGCAAAUAACAUCUCAUCUCUACUGACCAAGACCCAAACUAAAGAAGGCAGAGCAUCCUGGGGCUUGCCCAUUGACGCUGCUCAGUGGGACAUCUGCAGCCUGCCCCUGAGGACGGCCUCCGUGGAUAUUAUUGUAACAGACAUGCCAUUUGGAAAGAGAAUGGGCUCCAAGAAGAGAAACUGGAAUCUUUAUCCAGCUUGCCUGCAGGAGAUGAGCCGUGUUUGCAGACCUGGAACAGGCCGAGCUGUGCUCCUUACUCAGGACAAGAAAUGUUUUACCAAGGCACUAUCUGGAAUGGGGCAUGUAUGGCGAAAGGUGCAUACAGUUUGGGUGAACAUUGGAGGUCUUCAUGCUGCGGUUUAUCUCCUGAAACGUACACCACAAGCAUUUGUUCAUCCUUCAGAGGACAGAGACAGAGGAGCUCGUUGGUGAUGCUGCGUCUGAAGGUGCUGGGUAGCAUCUGUGCUUCCCACACUGGCAAGGCCGGUGGAAGAACCUGCUGGGAGAGUAAGUGCGAUUUGCACUGCUAUGUUUAUAAGAAAGCAGAGCUUGUCUUUG